AUGACAAUAAAUAAUCAAACUGAAAUUACAAACAUCCUUCUUCUAGGGUUUCAGAACCUUCACAACCUGAGAAGUUUGCUCUUCAUUGCCAUCCUUAUUAUUUAUAUUAUAUCCAUAACAGGAAACAUUGUGAUCAUUUCAUUGAUAUCAACUCAUCGUCAAUUACAUACUCCAAUGUACACUUUCCUUGGUCUCCUGUCUUCUUCUGAAAUAAUAUCCACCACAAACAUUGUUCCUAACAUGCUCGUUGUCAUAGCAGCUGAUGGAAGCAUGUUGCCUUUUACUGCAUGUCUGAGCCAGUUUUACAUUUUCUCUGCCUUAACCAACACUGAAUGUUUUCUUCUUACUGUGAUGUCCUAUGACCGAUACUUGGCCAUCUGCCACCCACUGAGAUACAAUUCCAUAAUGAACUUUAAGCUCUGCCUGCACUUAAUUAUUUGGUCAUGGGUCUUGGGUUUUAUUAUAACAUUAAUAAUUCUGGUUAACUUAGUGAGUACAGUGAAGUUUUGUGGACCCAAUACCAUGAAUCAUUUCUUCUGUGACUUGGCUCCCAUACUUAAUCUUUCUUGCUCAGAUACUUUCAUUGUUGAAAUACAAGCUUUGCUGUUCUCUGUUCCUGUCAUCAUCAUGCCUUUUAUUUUCAUUAUUGCCACCUACAUAUUUAUUGCAUUUACAAUCAUGAGAAUCACUUCCACUACAGGCAGAAAAAAAACUUUUUCCACAUGCAGCUCUCACCUGUCCACUGUCUGUACAUAUUAUGGGACCUUGAUUAGUGUUUAUUUGGUUCCAUCAAAGGAGAACUCACCAAAUGUCAAAGUUGUCUCUCUUUUGUAUGUUAUUGUGACACCGUUGCUCAAUCCUAUCGUGUAUAGCUUCAGAAAUCAAGAUAUUAGGACUGCACUUACCAAAUGUAUCCAUAAGAGCUAA